AUGAAACGUAUUCUUCGUGCUACAAAUUAUCCUAAUUUAUAUGAACUUAGUUUAUGUAAUAUUGAAGGGCAAAGUGUUAUAGAUCUUUUUUCUGAUGAAACUCUUUUUACUUGUACCUUGAAAAAUCGAAUUUCAUCACUUGUAAUCGGUAUUAGUGGAAAUGAAGCUCGAAGGUCAACACGAGAAGUGAAUGCACUUUUAUUUAUGCAUGUAUGUAAUACUUUCACUAAUAUACGAUAUAUAGAUUUUAGUCCAUCUUCAAUUUGGUAUCAACGAUUAAUAUUUUUUGGUAUUUCACUUCCAACUGUGGUCUCUUCAACUCUGUUAGAAUUACAUGCUUAUUUGGAUACUUUUACUGAUUGUCUCUAUUUACUCGAUGAACAAUUCAAUCAACUUCAUACUCUUGAUGUUAAUAUUGAUGUCAUUUUGUCUUCGCGUUUCACAAACAAUAAUCAAUAA